AUCUGUUACCCAGAACUCGCGCGGAGUUUAGAAACUGUACACAUAGCGGUGGCGGGAGAUGUUGAACAGAGCAAGACAGAAGUGAUAUCGUUGUUUUCAUAUUUAAAGUAGAGUCGGAGAAAAGUGGGAUACAGAAGAAGUUUUGACAGGAAUCGCCUUUGCAGGAGGGAAACGCAAAGAUGGAUGAUUUCGGAGUUUAUGCGAUUUUCGGAGUAGACGGUCCGCCUCAAAAGCUACUAAGUGCCGACGGCUCGUGCAGGGUGCGUGUUGCAGUUCCGUCGACUGUCCGCCAGGUGGUGCUGUUCAGCAGCGGGCCGUGGGGAGAGAGGAUCUGCGUCAAUGCCGAGCUCAGCGAUGCUGACCGGAUACCCAUAACCAUAGGCAAACUGACUCCUUACAAUAGGUGCCUGUCAUGGGAGCAGUGGGAGGAGGAGACAUGGACAGACAGCGUCACGCUGAACAUUGCCCUGGAGGGAGGAAGCCUGACAAAAGCAGAUUGGUCAGAACCAGAGCUCAUCCUGGCUGUGAAGGAAUACACACCAAAGGACACCACGGCUCCACUCGUGGCCCGAGAGUUUAAUGGCAAGAGGAAAAGAGGACGGAUGGGAGAGGAAGACAGCGACGAGAACAAGGCACCGAAGAGAGCGGAGGAGGAGAACGUUUGUCCAAAUGGCACCAUGGAGAAGACCACACCUGUACGAAAAGCCAGAGGGCAAACCAAAGGGGGACAGAAGCUGUUCAGCAGUGGAGGAGAUGCAACAAAGAUGAAGGGAGCAGCUAAUGGAGCAGGAGAGGCGCAGGGGAUUGUGGGAAGAACGCCUCCUCAGAGUGCAGCCAGGACAAAGAGUAGGCAGGCCAAGACUCCCACGCAGAGCACAGCCCUGCUGGUCAGCCCGUCAGGUCGCUGGGGUCAGACUCUGUGUCCAAUCGAUGCUCAGACAGCGAUUCUGAUUGGAGGACAGGGAGCCAGGAUGCAGUUCUGCAAAGAUCCCAUGUGGAAGCUCUGCACAGAGGACACGUCCUGGGUGGCUGCGGAGACUUUGGCGGAGGGUCCGACCCCUGAGGCCAGGAUUGGCCACACAGCCGUCUACGACCCCGACUCGAAGCGGAUCUUCGUGUUCGGAGGCUCUAAAAACAAGAAAUGGUUCAACGACGUUCACAUCCUGGACACACAGAGCUGGAAGUGGACCAUGGUGGAGGCUCAAGGUAAGGUUCCCCCUCUGGCCUACCACAGCUGCAGCAUGUUUCGGGGUGAGCUCUUCGUACUGGGAGGGGUGUUCCCUCGUCCAAACCCGGAGCCCGACGGCUGCAGUGACUCACUGUACAUCUUCGAUCCCCACCUCUCCAUCUGGUACGAGCCCAUUGUGACAGGCGACAAACCCUCCCCCCGCUCAGGUCACUCUGCGUGUGUGAUGCAGGAGAGGAAGAUCUAUGUAUUCGGUGGUUGGGACACUCCUGUGUGCUACAAUGACAUGUACAUGUUGGACCUUGGUCUGAUGGAGUUUUCUGCUGUGAAAACAACCGGAAAAGCUCCUUCUCCUCGAAGCUGGCAUGGCAGCGCUGUGCUGUCAGACACAAAGUUUCUGAUCCACGGAGGUUACAAUGGAAACAACGCUCUCAGUGACACCUUCGUCUUUGAUAUAGACACCAACAGCUGGACAGAGGUGACCCUCCCUCAGCUCUCUGUGCCCAGGGCGGGGCACUCCCUCAUCACCAUGGAUACAGCUGGUCGCCUCCAUUUCUCAGACGAGGAUGAAGACGAAGACGUGGACAUGGACCCGGGCUCCGUCAGCAGAACUCUGCUGGUGUUUGGAGGCGGAGACAAUGAGGGCAACUUCUACUCCGACCUGACGACUGUCGCUGUGGAGGAACUGCUCGGUGCUAUUUAAAGAGAGUGAGUCAGAGGUGAAUCCUCACUCCCUGACUGGAUGUGAAGCUAUUCCAACACCCCCACAUUGCCCUUUAUUAUUUAUAUUCCUAUAGUUUGUCUUUUUUCUUUUGUUGAAUGAUGCCUUUCCUCUUUCAGUUUUUGGGUUUUUACACUUAUAGUGUUGGAAAAUGUGCAUUUAGUGCAUCUGUAGGUACAUUUUGGGCAUUUUUUUGAAUACAGAGCUCAAUCACGAUAUUUAAAUAUAAACAUUUCCAAAUACUUCCCAUGUAGUGCAAAACAGGAUUAAGAGACCUGUGUUUUUUAAACAAACUUUAAAGACAAACUUUUUUCUUUUUGUGGAACAAUGAUGUUCAUUUCGAACAUAAAACGUUUCAGAUUAAGUCAACAAUGAUUUUACUUCAGUUUUUAUGUACAUAGUUUAAAGAUUCUCAAGUUCUUCCUCAGGUAAAUAGUAUAUUUUUAUUUUGAUAGAGGCUUUGACUAGCCCUGAUCAUUUGGAAUAUGUUGCCUACAAAGAGCUGCAAAUGCAACUGUAUUUUAUUAUCUUUCAUGUGUUGAAUGUGAUUUAGUUGAAAAAUCUCUAUUCAUGUUUCUGUGCUCUUCAGUUUUGCACUUGGCUUCUGUCUUUACUCAAUAAACAUUAGAAUUUCA